AUGGGUCCCUCACAAGAUACGCUCCUCCGCUCUGCGGAUAUGAGCUUGACCCAGUUGUACAUCGCCAAUGAAAUAGGCAGAGAGGUUGUUAGCGCGCUAGGUGAACUGGGCAUGGUGCAGUUUAGAGAUCUCAACGCGGAUACGACAGCCUUCCAGAGAACAUUUACCAACGAGAUCCGGCGUUUAGAUAAUGUUGAGAGGCAGCUCCGAUACUUUCAAGCUCAGAUGGAAAAGGAGAGCAUCGAGAUGAGGCCAUCCUCGGAAUUUGCAAAUACGUUAGCCGCCCCGAUGGCUUCUGAAAUUGAUGAACUGGCGCAACGAAGCGAGAGCCUGGAACAGAGGAUCUUUUCCCUGAAUGAGAGCUAUGAAGUUCUGAAACGGCGAGAAGUUGAACUGAUAGAAUGGCGCUGGGUCUUACGAGAAGCCGGUGGAUUCUUUGAUAGGGCACAUGGGCAUACGGAUGAAAUACGCCAAUCAUUGGAUAAUGACGAAGCACCGCUUCUGCGGGACGUUGAGCAUCAGCAUCCAUCCAGGCGACAGACCGACGACGUGCAACAUCAACCUUCGUUCUCUGUUAUGGAUAUUGGCUUUGUUUCUGGUGUUAUCCCCCGGGAUCGAAUCGGUGCCUUUGAACGAAUUUUGUGGCGAACGUUGCGUGGGAAUCUUUACAUGAACCAAUCCGAAAUCCCGCAGCCGAUUAUCGACCCAUCCAACAAUGAGGGCAUUCAAAAGAACGUUUUCGUAAUUUUCGCCCACGGAAAAGAGAUUAUUGCCAAAAUCAGGAAGAUCGCUGAGUCUCUUGGAGCGAACCUAUACUCCGUUGAUGAGAAUAGCGAGCUUCGAAGGGAUCAGAUUCAUGAUGCUAACACUCGUCUGAGCGACGUUGAGAGCGUUUUGCGUAAUACCAAGGUUACACUCGACGCCGAACUAUCACAAAUUGCACGAUCCCUUGCUGCCUGGAUGAUCGUCGUUAGAAAAGAGAAAGCAGUUUACCACACUCUCAACCAAUUUUCUUACGACCAAGCUAGAAAGACUUUGAUCGCGGAAGCAUGUCACCUUGAUUCUCUUCGAAAGGAAAUUAUCCAAGGUUUGAUAUACAACGACAUAUUUUCACGAUCACUGGAAAUUUUCCCAAGUGCUUGGCAAUGGCCGCAGGACGUUCAAUUGGGUGAGACUGUUUCGGCAACUCUGAAAGGGAACUAUCGAUAUCCGUUUGGUCUCGACUGGGGUUGGCAUGCUAGCAGCAACAACUUGCUUUUUACCAACAGUUUUAAGAUGAAGCUAGCCAUCUUACUUGGGUGGUCGCAUAUGACGUACUCGAUAUGUUUGUCAUUUUUGAAUGCUCGGCAUUUCAAAAAACCGAUUGAAAUUUGGGGCAAUUUUGUCCCCGGCAUGAUCUUCUUCCAGUCAAUAUUCGGAUACUUGGUGUUCUCCAUUAUCUAUAAAUGGCUGGUCGACUGGCCGGCUCGAGGCCAAUCACCUCCCAGCUUGCUUAAUAUGCUGAUUUUCAUGUUUCUCAAGCCCGGUUCAGUGGACGAACCGCUUUAUAAAGGGCAGGCGGGAGUCCAAGUGGUUCUUCUUCUUUUGGCUGUCAUUCAGAUUCCCAUUCUCUUGUUUCUGAAACCGUGCUACCUUCGCUGGGAGCAUAACCGGGCUCGUGCCCUUGGCUAUAGGGGCCUGGGUGAAAUAUCAAGGGUUAGUGCAACGGACGAAGACGAGCACGAGCCCCAUGGGUCCACUCGUCACAGUAUGACUAGCGACGCAGAAGGCAUUGGAAUGAUUACCCAGGAUGUAGGCGAGGAAGAGCACGAGGAAUUCGAUUUCGGUGAUGAGAUGAUCCAUCAAAUCAUCCAUACCAUUGAGUUCUGUCUUAAUUGCGUUUCUCAUACCGCUUCUUAUCUCCGGUUGUGGGCGUUGUCACUUGCCCAUCAACAACUGUCUAUCGUGUUAUGGAAAAUGACUCUGAACAACGGGUUUAGUGCCGAGUCCAGUACUACUCGGGUUAUCCUUAUCAUCGUUACGUUUUACGUGUGGUUCACCUUGACUGUUGCGGUGCUUUGUGUUAUAGAGGGAACGAGUGCAAUGUUGCACUCCCUCAGGUUGCAUUGGGUGGAAGCAAUGAGCAAACAUUUUAUAGGUGACGGAAUCCCUUUCACUCCUUUCAGCUUCAAGAUCUUGUUACAGGAGAAUCCCGUUGACUGA